AUGCACCAGAUGUUAGUAUACGACUUUCAACAACAAAUAUAAGAGAAGAUGAAAGUCUGACAUUGUUUUGUGACGGUUUUGGUGUCCCGUCUACUUAUGCCUACAGCAGUUUGACACAAAUGUGGAACAACAUUGAAAUACCCAACAGCAAUACAGCACUGAGUGGAACACAACUCUAUAGCUCGAUUCACUUUUCAUCACUGAAACUUGAAGAUACAGGGACAUACACGUGCAUAUUAAACAAUGGCAUUAAAAACACUUCUGGGUUUUUGAACCAGGUUAGCUCUAGAAGUAUGCUAGUGGAAGUAAGCCCAAAGGUUCUGGCCAAAGAACUGCGAUUUUCUGGUUCUGUAGAUGAAACUGUUCAUAUCCAAAUACCUAUAUAUAGUUAUCCUGGAUUAAAGACAGUAACUAUCACAAGAUAUGAUGGCAUGGGUAUUUCCUCUGAUCAGUAUAAUAUUACAGAUCAUGAAGUAACAACUAUAUUUUAUGGUAAAUCAGUCUCACUAAAUGGGAGUAUAGUUAACCUGUUGAUAACAGAUUUGAAGGAAAUCGAUUUUGGAAGCUACACCUUCAAGUUGAGCAAUACACAUAGAACAUCAUAUGUUGAUGCCUUUGUUAUAGCAGUAGGUCCACCACUGAAGCCGAAAGUCUUUCAGUACUUGUCUGACUAUAGUAGUCCAACCUUUCUAUGGCAAAAGGACUUUAAUGGAGGACUGCACCAAAGUUUUGUAAUACAGACAUCAAUUGCUGGUACAGAGCUGUGGACAAAUCAUAUAAUUAUCAGUGAGAGAGUUAAUCAGUACAAAAUAAACAGUUCAUUCUAUAUGGCAAACAUAACAGGUCUUCAGCCUGGAAUAUACUCUGCUCGAAUAUUUGCCAUUAAUACAGAAGGAGAGUCCGACACUGUUUACCUAGAGGCUACUUUUGAAGUCAUCAAACAUACAGAAGGUCCUACUACAAUGCCCAUAGCAGCAAUAGCUGGAGGGUGUGCUCUUGCCGUUGUGGUCAUUGUUAUUGUCGUUGUGGUUCUAGUAAUGAUGAAAAGAAGAGCUAGAAAUAAAGAUGGAAGUCAGAAAAUAAUGGAUACUAGAAGUGAGUCAGGUCCCUCGUCACAAGUUCAGUACGAAGACUUGCAAGGUGUAAGAGAAACGAACCUCUCACAGACCUAUGACAGUUUACAUAUGAAAAGUACUGAACUACAAGCAUAUACUUCACUUACUGCGCCAACUAAGACCGUAAACACUGGCAAUGAUACAGUAUAUGAGAAUCUCAAAAUAACAGCUUAAGAUUUCGAAUCUAAGGAUUGAUGAAGAAGCCGUUUCCGAUGCGAUAAAGGAUGUUUGUGAGACUUUAGCGUUUGUGUGCUUUUCUAGAACAUAGUUUUAUCCGAUAAAAUUUGUAUGCAGUAUUGUAUUUUAAAACACAUCGUUUUAAUGUAUAAAGAUGAUAUUCCUUAUUCAAUAACAUGCUCUUUCAUUUUCGCAUUAGAUGUUGAUGUAUUUGAAACAUAUUUGAAUAAAUUAUGUCAACAAGCCGGAUAAUAAUUGAACUCUAAGUGAUGAUGUUUUGUACUUUAUUGAAAUAUAUGAGUAAAAUGAACAUUAUAUCCUGUUUCAGGAAAUUAAUACUCCAAAACUGGAAAGUUGUCUAUCAAAAGGCUAUACAUUAGCAAAAGAUGAAAAAAAGUAGGGGCCCUGAUAGAUAUCAAAAUGGGUUUUUCAUAUAUGGAAAACUCAUCCCCAUCCUUGUAGCCAGAGAUAAUCUAUGGCUAAAAUGAUUAAAUCAGGAAUUCUCCGGAAAUUGUUAAAUAUUAUUCAGUUAAUGUAUACGGCUGUAAGUUCGAAAAUUAAAUAUUGUAACCAAUUAAGUGAACAAUGUGAAUAUUUGCUUCGUGUCAGGCAAGGAUUAUGCUUAUAACCCUUUCUUUUUCGCAUGAUUUAUCUUCAGAAAUGCGUAGAAAAAUCGCGUUAAAAGUAAAAUACUUCACCACUGCUUAGUGUAUUGGAUUUAUUUGACAAGCUGAUAUCGCCAAUUUACUCAUCGAAAACCCCGUAUGUUCAUUUCAUAACAAUCAAACUUAAGGAUCCAAACUAUUUCUUGCACACGUGUUACGUUGAAAUAGCAUUGUCGAUUAUACUUUUCGCGACACACCUCUCAUGCUUCUAGCUUCUUCGAUGACGCAUAUAUACGACAUUUUAUAAUAAAAUAAUCGUUAAAAGUUGAAAUAUACGUAAACUAUACUGUUCAGAAUACAAACUGGCAGAAAUGUCCUUCUUUUACGAGAUAUUUGCAGAAGAUGCAUCUAGCAAUAUGUCAAUAACUACGAUGAGUAUUGGUUUAUAUUAAGGGUGUAAUUAUUGUUUCCGACAUCAAUACUAUUUCAUACCUUAAUAUUUAUGUUGGAGAAAAGACCGUUGGUCUGUCCAUACGUCCGUACAAACGUCCGUCCGUAAGUCCCAAAUAUUGUGUGAACACUAGUUGCCUGGUUAAAUUCAAACUUUCACAGAUGAUCAAGCAUGAUGUGAAAAUGGUCAUAAAGGAAAUCACUUUUGCAGAGACUAUAUUUACAGCAUUUAUGGCCCUUUGGGGGUUUUGCUAUAUAGAAUAUACAGAAAAAUAUUGUGCGUCAAACUCCUCAAACACUAUUAAAAGGAUAUGAUUGAAAAUUUCACAGAUGAAGGACAUUGAUGUGAACAUGACCAAAAAUAAUGGUCUUUUUCUGUGGCUUUUUUCUAGAAAUAUGGCCCUUUUAAAUUUCAAAAAAUAGUAAAACUUGGUGUAUUCAACUCCUCAUACACUUUUUUAAGUAAUGGAUUCAAAGUUGCUCAGAUGCACAACCUUAUCUGCAAGGAUGAGCUGUGACAAUUUUUACCAGUGUAAAGGCUCUUUGUUAGUUCGCUAUAUCGGGUAUAGAGAAGAAAUGUUUUGGGUUCAACUCCUCAUGCUCUUUGAUGAAAUGGGUUCAAAGCUUUAUAUGCCAUCUUUAUAUGUUGUAAGUAACAUUAUAAGAGAUUACAGUAGGAAAUAUACUACUUUGUUUGUUUGUCUGUUAAAAUAUAUGUAUGUUAUUAUUUAGUUUCAAUGUGAACGAAGUUAAAAAUUAUUAUAUGUCUCUCACACAUAUGUAAUAACAUAUUUGUCUCAUAUUUUGUACAUAUAACCGCCAUCGAUUGUAGUAUGGCGAUAGACAUUGUAAAAUGUUUGAGCCAAUACAAAUCUUGAAUCUUGAUAACUAGAAGUGUGUUAAGGACUGUUGUUCAGUUUCAUAAUUAUGUUUAAUUUUAUUCUAUGCAGACAUAUUUUAUCCAUCAGUAUUUCCUGUAUGAUUAAUAUAUUUAUCUGAUAACUCGAAGUACAAAAUAUGUUUAUUUGGUAUCAAUUCUCAUUGUCAAUACCCAUUGUCAUUGUAAAAAAGUCGUAACAUAUAGCUGUGUAGUGGAAAAUAAUGGCAUCAUUUGAUAUGAUAUUGUGUAGUUUACAUUUCUAAAUUUUCAUUUUUGUGUUUUUGUAUUAAUUGUCACUUUUUACAAUAAACUUCGUUAUUUGUACUA